AAUACUCCUCCAAGAACCCUUGUUCAAUUUCCGACGCCCAAAAGAGAGGGAAAAACAAAAAAAAUUAAAAUUCCGUGACCCAAUAGAGGCAUCGGAGCCUAGAGAGAGAGAGAGAGAAAAAAAAAGGGGAGUUAAGAGGGGCGAAGCUUCAUCGUCUCCGGCGAGAAUUUGGGCGUAAGGAGAGAGAGAAGGAAAAGAAGAAUUUGAUCCAAAUCCGUUAAGGGCUCUGCAGUCAGCGUCACGACAAAAGCCCCCUUUCUUUUGAUUACUAGAAAAGGGGGUAGAAGAAAUCAAUAGUAAAUGAAGCGAAGGCGUGGAAGCAAGAAAGGAAGAGCAAAGAUGCCGAAGUUGGCUAGCACAGACGAAGCGGCACCAACUGCUACAGAGGAUAAUUCUGGUGCGGAUGAGUUUGAGAAUGAAGAUGUUGACUCUGGAAUGGAUGCUGAGACUGAGAGGACGCCUUCUCCUCCAAGAGCGUCUCAACCUGAAACUCUUGCUAUUGCUAAUUCUGAUACUAUAGGUCGACCAAAUAGUAGUAAUAUUUUUGGGAAAGCAGUGUAUACUCGUGUAAAGGUGAAGAUCAAGACUUCCAAAACUUUGCUAACCUCCUCUGAUGCUCCUAGUCAAAGUGAUACUGAUAAGAGUAGCCACCAACUAGGUUCCGAGAAGCAGCUUCCUAGUGAGAAAAUGGAGGACAGUGCCAACUCUCUGUCUGAAACAAAUGGAGGCAUUUCUGGGAAUACAACCCUGAAGCCCACUGGUGUAAAGAUUAAAUCAUCUAGAGGAUUAGGUUCUUCAAGUAUGAGCCCCUGUAGCAAUUCUGAACCGCUCAAGGGAGAUAGGGUAGAGAAGAAAGAUACCAAAUCGCUUCACAAUGAGUCUAAAAACAAUGAGCAAGAACUUAGAACUGCAUUGGAGGUGAUAAGAAAGAUUAUGAAAAUGGAUGCAGCUGAGCCCUUCAACGUCCCUGUGAAUCCUGUUGCCCUCGGUAUCCCAGACUAUUUUGAUGUCAUCACCACACCUAUGGAUUUUGGGACAAUAUGCAGUAACCUUGAAAAAGGUGUAAAGUACAAGAAUUCAGAGGAUGUUUUCAUAGACGUGCAGUAUAUAUGGGAUAACUGUUACAAGUACAAUAACAGAGGUGAUUACAUUGUGGAGCUUAUGAAGCGGGUCAAAAAAGCCUUCACCAAGUAUUGGGCGGCAGCUGGUUUGUUCAACGAUCAGCCUCAAGAAAGUCUUGAAAGCAAUCCAGUAAAGGAUCUAACUCCUUCAAGCGAAGGGAAUACACCAGUAACUGGUGGUGCUCCCACCUCUUCAGGCAAAAAGUUCCACGGACUUAAGAAGCACAAGGAGGGUUGCCAGUGUGCUAUUUGUGUAAUGAUGCGACGCAGGCAGGAGCGAGAAGAAAUUGCUCGUAUGGUGGGAGGACACACUGAUGUUAGUGAUGACUCACUUGGUGAAGAUAUCAAACGAGAGAGGUUUUCUCAUGGAGAAAGUCCGUUUGGCGAGUAUGCUCUGUCAGACUUAGAGGACUCCCCAGAUGCAGAUGCUGAAACGGAAAAGAAAGGCCAAGAGCUGAAAGUGGGACAUCUAAGAGAUUUCUACAUUCAGCAAAAUGAGGAUGGUAUUACAACUUCAGGAAAACGAGAAGGUUCUCAGGAUUUGCAGUCAACUCAUAGACCUGGAGAUGAGAAUGACGCGCAUCAUCACACACCACAAGUAGGAUCAGGUGGCAAUGUGUCAAAUGACUCUCAAAAAGAAAUGCCCAAGCAAAAUGAAGAUGGAAAUGGCAGCGCUGCAACUGACCAACAGAGGCCUAAGGAUCCGCUGGAUAAAAAUCAGAGAGCGAAAAUGUUUGAGAAUCUUCGUUAUCUGGAGAAUCCAAUGCUUUUGGAAUUAUAUGGAACGCUCUUUACAGAUAAUUCCCAGUCCUUGUGGAGUGGACCUCAUUCAUUGGUUGGUCAGAAGCACGAGGGCUCCAACCGCCGCAGUUCCUUGUGUUCAGCUAUUUCUGCGUUUAUGAAGUAGUUGCUCGGUUACUGAUUUUUUAUACUGGGAUAGCCGAAGAAGAAUUGUAGAGUUGAGAUGUAAAUUAGGAGUCAGCUUGCUGUUCACUUAACUUGAUUUUUGAGAUGAAUUUUGAAUGUAAAGGCCUGAUGAGAUCUGCUGCAUUUCACGAGUUGUAAGAAUAAUAUUUAGAUAAAUGAUUGUUAUGUGAUUCAUGAUAGCCUUUUCGUUUA